UUUACCUUUUCUGGUAGUUAAAGCUGCUGAAAGAACAAGCAGGAAUUCUUUGAGCUGCAGAAGGGCUGAGAUAUAAACCAGAGUGUAGACAUUGAUAUCUGAACAGAGGCGAGUCCAUGGACUAAACUUCAGCUAUAACUUCAGUGACAAAGAGAAGAGAACCUUUAGGGCAUCAUGGAUGAUGAUUUUGACCGCCGUAUGGAGCUGAGGAGGCAGAGGAGAGAGCAGAUGCGUCUUGAGGCUGAAAAGGUUGGUUUCACCAAUGACGAUGAUGAGGAGGCAGCUCGGGAGCGAAGGAGACGGGCAAGGGAGGAGAGAAAAAAGAUGAGGGACUUAGAGGAGUCUGGGACUAUGGAUGUGAUUGACAUAAACAGUGUGACAGGGACAGACUCCUCCAUCACCAUCACCAGUGGCACUGAAGGUGCAGACGAUGACCAGGCUUUGUUGGAUCGUUUGGCCAAAAGGGAGGAGCGCAGACAGCGGAGAAUGAUGGAAGCCCUGGAGAGGCAGAAGGAGACUGACCCCACCAACAGCACAGAUAAUGCACUGGAAGAGGAGGCCUCCAUCCGCAACAGCACACAUCAACAUGAAGAGGAAGAUGAUGGAAAGAACAAAGAGAAAUCACUGACGAAGGAGGUGGAAACCGCUGAUGCUAACUCCUGGAGGAAAGAGGAUGAAGACAAGAAGGAAGAGGAAAUGGAGGAGAUUCAGCACAUGGUUACAUCAUCAGAAAUAGAGAAAGACCAGCCAGAUUUAGAAGGAAAACAUGUUGAAGAGGAAGCUGUUGACAAGGAGGAAGACGAUACUAAAAGGAACCAAGAAGAGGAAAUGCAGAAAAAAGAAAUGGAAGAAAAACUCAGGUUAGAAGAGGAGGACAGGCAAAAAAGAGAAAUGGAAGAGAAACUCAAGAGAGAGGAAGAGGAAAGACAGCUAAAAGAGGAGGAAGAACAGAAGAACAGGGAAGAAGAAGAAAGACUACAAAAGGAAGCAGAGGAGAGGUUAAGAAAAGAGGAAGAAGAAAAGCAGAAACAGGAGAGUGAAGAAAAUGAGAAGAAACAAGAAGAGGAAAAACAGAAAAAGGGAAACAGAAGAAAGAAAGAGGCAGAAGAUAAGAAGAAAGAAGAAGAGAGGAGGAAAAAGGAGAUAGAGGAAAAGAAGAAGGAGGAGGAGGAGAAGCGGAAAAAGGAGGCUGAAGAGAAGAAGAAGAAAGAGGAAGAGGAGAAAUGCAAAAAGAGGGAGCUAGAAGAGAAGAAAAAGAAAGAGCAGGAGGAAAAGCUAAAGAGAUUUGGAUUUAAAGAAAAGACUGAACCAGCCAAACAGAAUGGCGCUCUGUUUGAGAAUAAACUCAAGAAAGCAGAGAAGGCACCAAGGGAGAAUGUUUCCUCCUCGAAGGCAGAUGACCUGGAGCGGCAGGAAGCAGAACGUAAGCUGCAGGAGCUGAAGCGCCGGAGGAACAAUGCAGAAAGUGAGGAAUUUGAGAAGAUGAAACUGAAGCAGCAUGAUGCAGAGGCUGAACUGGAGGAGCUGAAGAGGAAGAGGGAGGAGAGGAGGAAGAUCCUUGAAGAAGAGGAGAAGCAGAAGAAACAGGAGCUUGAAGACAAGAAAGUAAAAGAUCAAGAGGAGCGGAAGAAGAUGAGGGAGGAGAUAGAAAAGAGGAGGGCAGAGGCAGCAGAGAAGAAGAAACACAUGGAGGAGGAACCUGUUAAAUCUGCUUUCACUAUUGGUCACAAAGGCUCCUCCAAGAUCGGAGAGAAGGCAGAGUUCCUGAGCAAAUCAGCACAGAAAAGCAAUGUGAGAAUGUCACACACUCCAAUAGUGUCCAAGAUAGGCAACAGGUUGGAUCAGUACACUUCUGCCAUACAGGGAAACAAGGAUGUCAAAUCCUCCAAGUCUCCCGUGGCAGAUAUUCCGACUGGAGGCACGCGCAACAUCAAGAGCAUGUGGGAGAAGGGCAACAUCAGCAGCACCUCCGAAAGUCCAACCCCAGCAAAUAAGGAUGCUGCUGCUAUCAAAGUGGGUGUGGCAGGGCGUGUCAAUAAGUGGAUGGCCAAACCCACAGAGCCGGAGAAGAUGACACCAACAGAACCAGCAGCCGCAAAGCCAGCAGAUGUGAAACCAGCUGAUGCUGGCAACAAGAGAGGUCUAUGGGAAGCAAAGAAGAGCGCUGCGCCUGCCAAGGUUGCACCUGGAGGCAAAGGCAGGUUUGCCACAAAUGUGGGAGUGAGACCGUAGACUGCUCUGAUACUGAUCUACAUCCAGCCUCUGCGCCGAUAUUUCAUCCAGACUUUGUGAAAGUCUUCCAGCUUUGUAUUUAUCGAUGACGUUUGCACUGUCUCAUAAUGCCGCUCAGCCCUUCAUUAAGAUUUUUAUUUUUCAGAUUCAAAGAACUUGAAACUCUUUGUUUUCAAGCAGCAUAUUAUUUGUCAUGCCAGUAAUUCUUACUGAGCAGCACCAUCUUUAAUAGCCUUUUUUGUUUAACAAACAGAUGUUUUUACAAACAAAUCUGCAUCAGUCUAACAUGUUUUAUUUGAUGUUCUGCUUUGAAGCCACAGUGAUGUACACUUGUGCCGCAUUGGAGCUUUGAUGUUAUUUUGUUUGUUACAUUUUAGUGAAUUUCUUUUAUGUCAUCAAAGAGAAUCACACCUUCUGUGAGAACAUUAUAUGCUUUGAUCCAAGAUUGUAUCUAUGCAAGUUAUUUACUGUACGUCUUAUCGACCGCCAUGCAUAUUUUGCCCGACUUGCCUGUACGUACUUGAUUACCUCUGCUAACCGAUGGAGGAGAGCGGAGCUUAUGUAAUCAUCCCUUUCUGUUUGCAUGUCUGUGUGCAAGAUAGCUCACAAAGUAACCAAACGAUUCCAACAGAACCUCGUGGGCAGUUAGUUCUUUGUUGAUCGUUGUUGAUAAUGUGACCAAAUUGGGAAAAACAACAAAAUAUAAGACAACUGGCAUCACUGACUAAAGCCUGAUCAAUAACAAAACCAGGAUUUCUGACAGUUCACUGAACAAGCAAAGAGAUGCGAGAUUUUCCCCUCUCUGUGACAGUGUGGGCGUGUCACCCACUUAUGACCAAAAUAAGCUCUUUCCAGCUUAAAAUUUACCUGUAGCUUUGGAGGAUGUUUAACUUCAGCCAUAUUUAACAAAAUAUUUGACAUUAUCCAUUUUGGAAUUACAGCCAUUUAGACAUUUUCAGAGCCUAAAAGCAAUUUAACAAAUUAAAGGUAAGGAUAUUUUUUAAACACAAAUCACUUUUACUGCCAAUUUUCUUUAGACAGGUCAGGUGAUCAAUACAUGAACACUUCAAAGUGACAGAAUACGUCUUAGACUUGGCAUCAAGUAAUAACAAAUACAAAUAAUAUGGUACAGUAUGAUAAAUCAAAAAGUGAGUUCU